CUGGCAACGCUAGUGCCUUUUGUCAGCCCUCUGCUAGGCCUAGGUACCCAGAAGACGAAGUUCUUAGUCAAGCUCCGGGACAAAUAUAGCCUUCCCAUCUAUACGCUAUGCAUACCCGGUUCGCAUAUAUAUGUUAUUACCUCGCUGUCUCUUGUUCUAGCACUCCAGUGUUAG